UGGAUGUUGAUGACCUGUUGGAAUAAAAACACAACUCAAAGCCUGAAGAAAUCGUCCUGCAGUUUAUUCCAUACAUGGGAAUAUUACAGCCAGGUGGGAAAAAAAGGCAUUUUACAAUGUAGUUCCAAGAAAACACCACUUGAGGUCAGUGUGGCAAUUGUGGUGUGUUUGCAACUCUGCGAAGAAGUGAGAGUUGGAUGAAAGCCAAAAAAAAGGAAGUUUUGUGUUUGAAUCAACUCAGGAGGGCAGCUGGAGCGUACCCGGAGCGGAAAGAGAAGGAGAGAAAAUAAGACAAAGGGGGGAUUGUGGUAACAAGACAAAGAGAUACAACAUCAAAAACCUGACAACAACAACAUGACUACAUCAGCAAAUAGCUAUAGAUAUAUUGUGCCAAUAAUCAUCAUAAUAAAAGAUCAAUAAUAGUAAAAGUGAUAACAAGAUACUCGCCGUAACAAGUACAACAUUAUAUAAUAUAAUAACAGCAAUAAUAUUGACACAGAAUGGUAACAAUAAUUACCACUAUUAUCAUCAUUAUUAAAAUCAACAACAGCAACAUCAUACAUAACUUAGAUGAGUGUUUCGUAACCAUAGGGCGGGGUCCCAUUGUUGGGCCGCAAGCACCCCAUAGCGUCCACCAAAAAGAUAUUUCUCAGCUGUACUCAGUUGUAAUAUACUUUUCCACCACUUGUGGCAGUAAUGACUAUCAAACAAACGGAAGACAUCUGGAGCUUAAGACAUAGAGAAGUUUCAGACAGUUUAGUUAAGAAACAUCCAUCCAUCCAUUUUCUACCGCUUGUACCGUUCGGGGUCGCGUUCAAUAUUAAUUUAGUUUAUUUUAGCGCAACAUAUUUGUAUGUAAAUGUAUUUUUGAGUCCCAACCAGCAGUACAUUUGGUUAAAAGUAACACAAAGGACGCCGAGAUGAGCGGUCGCACCCUCUUUCGCUCCCGAUCGGGAAUCCAAACAACUGCUCGGAUUAUCCCACACUUCCUCCUUUUUCUACUGUGGAUCACGGAUUUAUAUUUUAAACCUCCUCGGAUACUCUACCCUCUUGAAAAUGAGAGUCGAGAACGCGAAAUGGACAUACACAGUGACUUUUAUCUCCACGACAAUACAUCGGCGAAGCACCUUGGCUUUGGAGCUAACGUGUUAGCAUCGUGCUUGUCUGCACAUCGAGGCAGAAGAAACAUGCCCCUGACUGGAAGGAUAGACAGAAAGUCAAUAAUACUACUAUUACUUCUACUAUCAGGAGACACUGAACUCAACCCUGGACCUGCAGCAACACGGUUAAUGUUGUCCCGACUGGCGAAGACUAGCAAUGCUACUGCUAGCGUCGCCAUCGAAGCUAACUCGGCUACCGGCUCAUCUCAGCUCAAGCUCACCUGUGCUCCAGCGGUCGGCGGCUCGGCGGAGGACUUCGCCCCGUUCAUCGACACUGUCGGAGGCUCGGCGGCGGCGGUGGAGGACGACACGGUCAUCAGAGAAGGCAGCGACUCAGCGGCGGUGAACGACGCGGCGGCUGCGGUGGACGGCGACCCAGACAUCGGUGAUUGCGGGGAACUGCACGAGAUGGCGGGGGUCCACGCGACCUCUCCCGGGUCCCGGACGGUCGAGGACGCGGCAUACACAGGAUUUAGAGGCGCCUUUACACAAACAUUUUCGUUAUUCUCGUUCUCUUUGUCUUUAAAAAAGCCCGCCAAAAGGAAACCAAACCCAUCCCCCAGCAACCCUACCUGGCUUCCUCCUCCCUCUCCCUCCCCUCCCCCUUUCUCUCCCUCCCCCUUCACCUGGAGGACGAUCAAUAUGCCCCUCUCUCUCUCUCCUCUCUCUCCUUGCUCUUCAACUGCAACAGCAAUAAUAACCAACAAUUUUUCUGGUCAGUACCACAACACAGCGGACUCUGAUGCUCUUUUUGGUUCCAGUGGACUACACAUCAUCCACCUUAAUGUGAACAGCCUCUCUGGAGCCAAACUCGACCAAAUCAGAGAAAUGUUCCUCAACACGAAGGUAAAAAUCUUGUGUUUCUCUGAAACCAAAUUUGAUCAAAGUAUUUCUGACUCAGAGAUAGAAAUACAAAACUUUUCGGUUAUCAGAAAGGAUAGGAAUAAACACGGUGGGGGCGUUUGUAUGUAUAUUCACCAGGAUAUUAAAUACAUAACUCGCACUGAUCUUAAUCACAAUGACCUGGAAUCUGUGUGGGCGGAAAUCAAAUUUAAAAACGCUAAGCCGGUACUAAUAGGGACUGUUUAUAGACCCCCUAAUCAGAGUGAUUUCUAUGGGGCUUUGGAAGAAUGCUUGGCGGGGACAGACAACAUGGAGAAAAUUAUAACUGGGGAUCUGAACACAGAUAUUCAACGCAAAGAUGCGCCUGUCUUCAGAUCCUUCAGCAAGUUUUGUAAUCUGCACGGUCUUUCCCAGCUAAUAGCGCUACCCACAAGGGUGUGUGAUUCCACCCAAUCAACCAUAGAUCUCAUUCUCACUUCAGACCGGCCUAAAAUAAAAAAUAGUGGGGUCAUGAUCUGUGGUCUUAGCGACCACUAUCUAACCUUCUGCACCCGUAAAAUAGCUAAACCUAAAGCCAAUGGCCACAUAACAGCCCAAUCCAGAUCCCUCAAAAAAUACUCCAAUGACAAUUUCAAUUUAAAAUUAGAUGAGUGGGACUGGUCCCCUGUGCUCGCGAGCAACCUGGUCGAUGUCGCUUGGGAUCGCUUCAAAACGGCGUUCCUAAAGAUACUAAAUGACAUUGCUCCCGUGAAAACAGUCAGGAUCAAAGCCCGCUCGGAACCAUGGAUGAAUCCGGACCUAUUAGCUGCCAUAAAAGACAGAGACAGGAAAUACUCUGAAUACCAAAAAUGUAAAACAGAAGUAGAUAAACAACCCAAAAUAUCAACCUCAAAUUACUCCUUUCAACUCUCAAAAAGCAAUGCAAUAAAUUAAGAAAUAA